AUGGAAGCAAGGGAAGGACGCAUGGCACAAUACAAGAACCUUGUACUUGCCGUGUUGAAAGGCUUCGAAGAAUUCAAGAUCGCCCAAAUUCCCCGGGCGGAGAACGCGGAUGCAGACCUUCUCUCCAAAUUGACGCAGUAUGCUCCCGAGCAUGUUUCGAAACUUGCCCGGGUGGAGAUCCUUGACCGUGCAAGCAUCGAGAAAUUGGAAGUCGCCGCUAUAGCGACCGUGAGCCAGUUUGACCGAUCAAACUUGGUCCGGGCGGACGACCAUUGGAUGUGUGAUCUGAUGGAAUAUUUGACGGAUGGGAGCUUGCCAGAACAAGAUGACCGGGCAAGAAAAGUGAAGCUCAGGGCACCCCGAUUCCAAAUUCUUGAUGGAAAGCUGUAUAAAAGGGCAUUUGGGGGGCCACUCCUGAGAUGUCUAACCAACCGGGAGGCUGAGCGAGUCAUAGCGGAAGUCCACGAAGGCGUAUGCGCGGCGCAUCAAAUGUCCCGUACGUUUUCCCAGCGCAUUAUCUUGUAGGGGUAUUACUGGCCAACAAUUGUCCAGGACUGUGAGAGGUAUGUACAGAAAUGUAGAACAUGUCAAGUGUUCUACAAGUACCCCGGUAGACCAGCAACCUACUAUCACCCCGUAUCAAAUGUCAUCCCAUUCGCUAGGUUCGGGGUU